UCGCUGCCAGCUCCAAUGGCGGCCAGCAUGAUGUGGUUGUGGGCUGCGUUGGUGGCGGCGGGGGUCGCGCUGCUAGUGACCCGGGUCCGGAGGUUCCUCCUGGGCUGCGGUCCGAACCCCUUCGCCAAGGACCUGAGGAGACCGCGGGCGCCGCAGGUGACCGACCGGGAGGCUCGCAAGAGGGUCCUCAAGCAAGCUUUCUCGGCCAGCCGGGUGCCCGACCGGCUGGACGCCGUGGUGAUCGGGAGCGGCAUCGGGGGCCUGGGCACCGCGGCCAUCCUCGCCAGAGCGGGAAAGCGCGUCCUGGUGUUGGAACAGCACACCAAGGCGGGGGGCUCCUGCCAUACCUUCGGCCAUAAGGGGCUGGAGUUUGACACAGGAAUCCACUAUGUUGGGCAGCUGAAUGAGGGCAGUGUUAGCCGCUUCUUCCUGGACCAGAUCUUUGAGGGGCAGCUGGACUGGGCUCCCUUGGACUCCCCCUAUGACAUCGUGGUGCUGGAGGGGCCUAAUGGCAGAAGGGAGUUCCCUAUGUACUCCGGGGAGAAAGCCUAUAUUCAGGGCCUCAAGGAGAAGUUCCCCAAUGAAGAGGCCGCCAUUGACAAGUACAUGAAGAUGGUGAAGGAGGUAACCAAAGGAGUCGCUCAUAUGGUCCUGCUGAAGACCAUCCCGUUGCCUUUGGUGAGGCUGCUGGACAGUCUGGGGCUGCUGGCCUUUUUCUCCCCUUUCUUGAGAGCGGCCACCCAGAGCUUGGAGGAGGUGCUCAGCCAGCUGCCUGCUUCCCAGGAUCUCAAAGCCGUGCUCAGCUACAUCUAUCCCACCUAUGGUGUCCCCCCGAAGAGCUCCAGUUUCUCCAUGCACGCCAUCCUCAUCCACCACUACCUGCGCGGGGCCUUUUAUCCCCGGGGAGGCUCCAGUGAAAUCGCCUUUCACCUCAUCCCAGUGAUCCAGCGGGCAGGGGGCGCGGUCCUGGCCAGGGCCAGGGUGGAGAGUGUGCUGCUGGAUUCUGCUGGAAGGGCCUGCGGUGUCACGGUGAAGAAGGGCCACGAACUGGUGACCAUCCAUUCUCCCAUUGUGAUCUCCAGUGCAGGAAUAUUUAAUACGUACCAGCGCUUACUGCCUGAGCCCGCCCGCCACUUACCAGGUAUAAAGGCUCAGCUGGGUAUGGUGCGGCAUGGGGUGUCCACACUUUCUAUCUUCAUCUGCCUCCAGGGGUCCAAGAGCGACCUAGGCCUGGAAGCCAACAACCGUUAUGUCUACUUUGACACAGACACUGACCACGCGAUGGAGAGAUACCUGUCCCUCUCCAGGGAAGAAGCCGCUGCACACAUCCCCUAUUUCUUUAUCACCUCCGCUUCGGCCAAAGACCCGACGUGGGAGGACAGAUUCCCAGACCAGUCCACACUGAUUAUGAUGUUUCCUGCUCGCUACGAGUGGUUUGAGGAGUGGAAGGACGAGCCCCAGGGCAAGAGGGGGAGUGACUAUGAGGCCGUGAAGGAAUCCUUCGCAGAGGCUUCCAUGUCUGUUUUGAUGAAACUUUAUCCUCAGUUGGAGGGGAAGGUGAACAGUAUUUCAGUAGGGUCCCCACUGAGCAAUGAGUUCUUCCUGGCUGCCCCCCGUGGAGAGCCCUAUGGGGUCGACCAUGACCUGAGACGUCUGCAACCCCACGUCAUGGCCGCACUGCGGGCCCAGAGCCCCAUCCCCAAUCUCUACCUUACAGGACAGGAUGUGCUCACUUGUGGUUUUUUCGGGGCCCUUUUUGGAGCCAUAUUGUGCAGUAGCACCAUCUUGCAGCGGAACGUGUACCAGGACCUCCUGCGGCUCCGGACUCAGGUCUUUGCUUCCCCUGCCAAGAAGAUGAAUUAGUCCAAGUGGACCCUCUCUGCAAGGGAGUCCUAGGUCCCACAUGAGCCUGUGAGAACAGGGGAAGGUUCCAGGACCUUUAACUCUUAUAACUUGUAAUGUAACUCAGUGCCUACUACCCUCUGACUUGGGGAAAGGAGUAACUGCUCAAUAAAUCAGAGUAAUUUUAACAGUAA